AGAGAUUUUUUCAGGAUGAUACAUGCUUUUGAGUUUUGAGAAGAUGGAGGGCUCUUUACCGGAACUUCUCCCUGUGUCCUUUUUUUUAGAAUCCUCCGUAGGAAAAAACGAUAAUGACUGUACAUUUUGCUGCAAUGCCAUGCGAACCUUACACAGCCCAUAUAGUGCAAGGAAAGCCAUAUUUGUUUGUAAUGUUUGUCCCUGUGCUAACGACAUAGUGUAUGCCAGUAUAGGUUCGAAUAAUGUAGAAGUUUGCUGCACGUGUCCAUGAACGUUGAUAAUGUUUUCAUGCGCUAAGAAUUGUGGGUUAAUGUACCAGUCGCCAUCUUUUUUCCCUACGGAGGAUUCAGAUUCGGCUUGCUAAGAGUAAUCUUUGCUCGUCAGGAAUGUGACCCUGAAUUGAGAGCAGGCGAGCCUCUCCUACAGGAAGUCAUUUUGUGCGGAAGAGAGCUGACACAAGACAAUCUGCUUGACGACAACGAGAAAGAGAAAAUCACACGUGACACGGCGCAGUUGUUGGAACACUAUGACCACUUGAGAAACUUUAUUGACGACGAGCAAGAGAGGUUUGUAAUCUCUGUUAUUAUCUAUAUUCGAUUAUUAUUGCAGUGUAUUGUAAAUUAAAAAAAGUUACUUUUACAUAUAAGAAAUAGAUGCAAAGUUUCUAAUUAUAUUUUUAAAAGUAAAUCAGCCGUGUAAAAAAAGCAAAGAGUACACCUAUCCUAGCUACAGUAGUUUAUCUUAGCAAAUAUCUUUGUAAUGCAAGUGACUUUUAAUGAAAUGAAGUGUAAGUGCUGCCGAAAUAAAAAUUUUAAAAAAUCUAUAUUCGACUAUUUAACAGCAGACUAUUUCUACCUCUUGUUGGCUCAAAAAAGGCCGCGACACAAAGAGGAAGUGACGUCAUUAUUCUUGGUACAUUCUGCUUCCUGCCGGUAAAAUGCUUAGAAUAUAUUCCAGAAUCGGAAUAGCGACUAAUUGGACUGGAUAUUCGGGGAUAUUCUUAUUAUUUUUGUUUUGGAAUAAGAUCAAUCGAGCAUACCUUUUCACAAUACUCAAACUGGUGUGUAGGGAAAAGCACUUAAAAAAAAAUCAAGUGAAGAUUAAUCGUGAGAGGUUUUAUUUCUCCAAAUUACAAAGGUUUUUUUCAGUUCACUGCAAAUAUUCGAGAAGUUCGACCUUAGCCUGAGUCAAAACUAAUGGGCAAAAUGACAUAGAAACAAAAAGUCUCAUUGAAGAGGUGUGAAACUGAAAUCAAAACUGCAUAGCUUUUUAUCAUUAAAUUUUUCCAUAACCUGACGUAUUUCCUGGCCACUGUUAUCUCUUAAGCCUCGAUAAACUCUACAAGGAGAUGGAAAAGCAAAACAAGAUCCGCGACUGGGAGACAAAGCGAGAUGACUUGAACAACAAACUUGACUUGUGCGAGGAAAGGUUGCGUAAUCAAGAACAAGAUCAGAGGCCGGACGACUUUAAAGCCUUCGCCGAGGAGGUUAGUGCUCUUGAGUCGGAGGCAACAAAUGUUAUGGACAGCGGAAAUAAACUUUUACAAAGUGAAAGUCUUAAUAUCAAUCAGAUAGAUCGAUUGUUCAAAGACGUACACGACAUCGAAGACAGAUACGAGGAUCUCAAGAACAGGAUCAAUGACGUAUUGAGGUAA